GGUCCUGUACCCUAAUAGGCCAUAGAAGGAUGCAAAUGAUAUGACUAUGGCUAUCUUUUACAUGCGGUACAGUUUGCACCUGCAAUCUAGUGCCAUAAUACUGAAAUUGUCCCUUACUAAAUUGGCCCGGAAUCAAUGCGAUCAGACGUCGGCAGAAGCUUCUGUGAGAUGAUUCCGUUCAUUUUCUGUCUGGUGAAACGUCGUGGGGACUAAUCAUUAGCUGCACUGGUUCAAUAAACUCUGAAUUUCAGAUAGCCACAGCUAUAUCUACAGCACGUAAGGCCAGAGAGGUCUACAGUCUGCAGUAACGACAACAGCUCCAGGCAUGAGUCUGGCUCUUUAUGACCAAAGCUUUUUUGCAACCAACAAACCUAUUUUCGCAAGAUGCCAAGAAGUGACACCUGGCUGGGUGGAGUAGUGUUAGACACAAUGAGAGAGAUGGACAGCGCGGGCAGCUGUGACAGUGUUGUCAGCUUCAACUCUGGAUUUAGCGAUGACAGCCUGGAGCACCUCUCUGCAGAGGAGAGAGCCUGCCUCAUGUUCCUGGAGGAGACCAUCGAAGCCCUUGAGACGGAGGAGGACAGCGGACUGUCCAAUGACGAGCCAGACGCUGUUCCGGCACCAGGGAAUCUGGUCACUAGAAUGGCGAACCUCUCUGCCUCCAUGAGCCACAGCAAAAAAAAAAAUGAAGUGUCCAUUUGUCACAAGGCAGAGCCUGUGAACAGAAUCAGCAAAGAUCACAACCAGAUCCUGAAUUAUCUGGUUCCCACACCUCUGGUCCUGGCCAGUGGGUCCACCAAUGUCCUUUCCAAACCAAGGAGGGGUUUCACACCAAAGGGAGGAAGCUCUCCCAAAAAAACUAUGCCAGCUGUGACCAGUAAAGCACCGCCAGCUCACCCCACCAUCCCAUCUGAGGUGAACGUAGUGGUGAUCCCUCCUCCGCUGAAAGAGACCAGCAGCCCAGCGAGAGCCACUGACCACCCAGCCCCAGGGGAGCAGAGGCUGGCGGAGUGCGCUUCCCCACGGGGCCCGCUGUCAUACGAAGGCCUGGUGCAGCUCCGCAAGGCCGCCUCCAUGAAGAAAGCCCAGGAGGCCUCCCACACCACACAGAGCCAGGCUAAGCAGCCCGCUAAGCCAAUUAAACAGAUUCUCCUUGACGAUGGGAGUCCACAUGCCCAGAGUGACCAGUAUGGCGUCAGAAAGCCCAGCCCUCCCACUGUGGCACCGAAACCGAAAAAGAUCCCCUCGAAUAUUCCCACGAGUCCGCAGACGGACAAGACUGUUAUGGAUCCUAAGAAGGUCAGGAUGGAGGCAUUGUAUAAACUGGGCCUCUUGAAGGAUCAAGAGGCAUCCACAACGCCACAUCAGUCUAAAUGGGUGCGCCCACCUACGUGUCCACCUCCUCCUCCUCCUCCUCAUCCCCCUCCUGACCCUUGUUCAGUCCCGGAGCCACCCUUCUGCAAACCACCUCCCGUACCUACCACGGUGGCGCUCAAAACUAGGCAGACGCACUGGACGAGCGGCGGGGUCCACCACCGCUCCCUGAGUGACGCCACGUCCGGCGCUCAGCAGCUGUCGGUGAAGCCUGUUGCGGGCAAGGCGGCCACCCUGGAGCGCUCUGGACCGGGGAUGGGCAGCUCGCUGUCCAGCCACACAGUCUCAGACAGCGGUUACAGGGACUCCAAAAACAACCCACCGGAGUGGACAAACAACAAUAACAACAGCGUCCUUCACAACUGCAAGCCCCGCUCCUCAACACUGGACAUGAGAAAAGACUGCAAAGACAGCGGGCAGAGGGAUGGGGGCUCUUCAGCGCAGUGGAAGUCCCUAGAGUCCGGGGUCAAACGUCCUGUGUUGAGCCAGCCAGUGCCCCACAGUGGACUGAUGCUGCCUCGCAUGGGUGAGGACCGGCGGGAAGCCCUGAGGAAACUAGGGCUGUUAAAGGACUAGAUGCCAUUCACUGCCCUCCCCCCAAAAAACUACAUUUCCCAAAAUUCAAAGGUUUAUGUGGUAUGUUCAAAA